AUGCAGGAGGAGUUCUUGCACCUCAAGCAGGGGUCUCUGUCGGUGCAGGAUUAUCACAAGCGCUUUAUGGAGUUAGCCCGCUUUGCCCCUGUGCUAGUUCUGACCAAGGUAAGUAAGGUCGAGAUGUUUGUGGCUGGGCUCAACCUAGAUACUCAGAUGGCGCUGGUAUUGUUCAAGUUUCGCACCUUGAGCGAGGCAUAUAGUAGCGCAAUGGACCAUUAUCGGGUGUUGUCGAUCCGGCGGGCAGUGCAAGAUCGGGCCAAUAGACCUGGUGAGGGUGGUGGCGCAUCAGAUUCCAAGAGGCAUAGGUUGGUUGGUCCCGGUCCUAUGAGGAACUUGCAUAAAGGUAGUGCUAGUGGUGGAGGUACAUCACGAUCUGCGGUGGGGCAGGGGACUAGAAGUGAUGGGGCUAAGGAGAGGCAUUUUCAUUGUAGGAGGUGCGGGAAGGAUCACAUUGGGAGAGAUUGUAACGGGUUCUUGGUUAAGUGCUUCAGCUGUGGCCAGAGGGGUCAUAGGGCCUUUGAGUGUGCAUCCGGGAGUGGAGGACCGUCUAAUCCUAGACCUGGUGGGACCGGUGGAGCACAAACUUCGACCCAGCCUCAGAAAGAAGCUGAAGGCAAGGAUGGGAGUACACUGAGGGGUAGUUAG